UAUGGAAUGUUUUUUUAGCCUAUACAGAAUAUUUAAAUAUUGUUGGUAACGGAUAAGCCGAUUUUAGUUCUUGAGCUUGGUUGCUUGAAGCGGCGGACAUUAAGCUUCACGAAAGAAUGAGAAGCACACUGGACUAACAAGAUUUAUCGAGUCUUGAGAGGCAGUCUUGACCUAACUGCUAGCAGCGUUCGACUUGCGUGUCCGUCCUCCAUGGCUUCUCAAUCCAUGUCGUUGGUGCACCGUGUGCUGAUGGUCCUGCUGCUGGCGGGGCAGGACAGCGUACUGGCCAAGGACUACAUUACCAAAUGCGAGGAGCCGUGCGGCGGCAGCCUUGAUGUCAUGUGCGAGGUCGGAUGUAACUGCGUCUUCUACCAGGACCUCACUAUGGGCGUCUGCCGGUCAGACAUGUCCAGCGACAACAUACUGUAUUAUGACGACGAGACGAACAACAGCACUUCUGAACGCAACACAUCUUUAAGAGCCCGGAGUGAUUCUUCGAAGUCGUUAAUUUCGCUUCCCGUGAUCUUGAUAGGGAGGCUUGACCUAACGGCCGUCGGUCUUUGACUUCCGUCUUCGUCCACGACGGCUUCUCGCUCCAUGUCAUCGGUGUGCCGUCUGCUGGUGGUCCUGCUGCUGGCGGGGCAGGGCAGGGUACUGGCCAUGGUCAACUCUCAAGGCCUGGCGGAGUGCGGCGAUCACUGCGGCGGCUUCUUUCAAGUCAUGUGCGUGGCCGAGUGUAACUGCGUCUUCUACAAGGCCACCACCUACGGCGUAUGCCGGCCAUCAAUAUUCAACGAGACUGAGCUGGAUUAUGGUAUACUGCAGUUGUGAGGGGCGACUACCCUUUAACUAAAGAUAACUUUGAAUGACGUCAUUCCUAUGUCCCUUCUUUACUCACAAACUCUGAUGUUUAAUAUUAAAGCUUUCAAAAAUUCAGAUCCAA